GUCUUGUUCCCCCAACCCUCUCCCACUGAUCCUAAUGAUCCUCUACGCUGGCCGCCAUGGAAGAAGCACGUUGCGUUUGUCUCAGUAUGCGCCUUCACAUUCAUGACCAACUUUGCCAUUGGCGGCCUAGCACCCGCCUUCUACGUCCUCUCGACCGAGUUCGACAAGACCAUGGGCGAGGUAUCGCACCUGCUUCUCUAUCCCAUCCUGGUCCUUGGUGUCUUCAACUUUUUCUGGGUCCCAAUCGCCAACUACGUGGGGAAACGGCCGGUCUUCGUUGUGGGAAGCGCACUGCUUUGUUGCUGUUGUGUCUGGGGUGCUGUGGCACGCUCGUUCACCAGUUUGUUGUGGAGCAACAUAAUCUCGGCUUUUGCUGGAUCUCUAACAGAGACCCUAGGUGCAGCCAUGGUGAACGUACGUUUUUGGAUA